GUUCUCCAUCUUAAUCAAGAAUCUUAAACCUCUCCAUUUCCAUGCCCUGCAUAGAGAUUUUCAUAAAAAUGUAUUUGAACGACUUCUUUGCAGCCACAGUUAUGGUGGGAACAGUCCUAGUUCACAUCUCUCUAGCCCAAAAUUCUCCCCAAGACUACGUAAAUGCACAUAACACAGUUCGUGCAGAGAUAGGAGUCGGCCCAAUUACUUGGAACAAAACAGUAGCAGCCUAUGCUCAAACUUACGCAAAUUCAAGAAUCGAAAGCUGUGAAUUUGAGCAUUCAUAUGGACCCUAUGGUGAAAACAUUGCAGAAGGUUAUGGUAACUUGAACGGGGUUGAUGCAGUGAACAUGUGGGUGAGUGAGAAGCCUAACUAUGAUUACGGAUCAAAUUCUUGCAAAGGUGGGGAAGAUGAGUGCUUGCACUAUACUCAAGUUGUUUGGCGAAACUCAGUUCAUCUUGGAUGUGGUAGGGCUAAGUGCAAGAACGGAUGGUGGUUUGUAACUUGUAAUUAUCAUCCUGUUGGGAAUAUUGAGGGUCAGCGUCCUUUCUGAAUUAAAUUUUUCUCGUUUGUUUUCAUUGUAUAUUUUUGUUGUUAGUCAAGAAAAUGUUGGAGAAUUAAAAGGUUAUAUUAAAUAUUGAUCAUUAUGUAAAAGAAGGAUAAAAUUACUUUACAAUUGUGUCUCUAUUGAAUGAAGCUAAAUUAUGCAUUUCCUAUCA